AUGGGCAAGUCAAAGAAGAAGUCGCACUAUGCCGUAGCGCGCGGAAGAAAUGUAGGCAUCUAUCGCACCUGGGAGGAGUGCAAGGCUCAAGUGAACGGCUUCCCAGGUGCGGUAUUCAAGGGCUUCCAAAGCGCCGGCGAAGCUCGCCACUACCUCAAACACCGCAGCCUCGAGCAGCCGCUCCUGCUGCUCGACCCUGGGACCACCGCCCACAGCGCCGGCGUAGGCAAUGACGCCCACGCCAUGCGGCCCGCCAAGCGGAUGCGCUACUCGCCAGCCUCUUCUACUACAACUGCUACUACUGCACCACCGCCGCCGCCCUCUUUCGAAGCCGGCGUCGGGGCCGCGGUGACGCUGAACGAGGAGCAGAAGCGGGCGCUGGUGCUGGCCAAGAUGGGCUACUCCCUGUUCCUCACGGGCGGCGCCGGCACGGGCAAGUCCUUCCUCCUCGGCCACAUCGUCGAGCGUCUGCGCCGUCUGCACAAGGACCCAGAAGCCGUCGCCGUCACCGCUUCCACCGGAGUGGCAGCGUGCAACAUCGGCGGUGUGACGCUGCACCGGUGGACGGGGAUCGGACUCGGGGACGAGAGCAUGAAGGUCAUGCUAGGUCGCGCCUUCGGCAAGAAGGAACAGUGGCAGAAGGCCCGCGUGCUCAUCAUCGACGAGAUCAGCAUGAUAUCGGCCGACCUGUUUGACAAGAUUGAGUACAUCGCGCGGCGCGUGCGCAACUGGUACAGGGACCCAGACCAGGAACGGCCCUUCGGCGGCCUCCAGGUCAUCUGCUGCGGCGAUUUCUUCCAGCUUCCGCCUGUGGUCCGGGAAGGGGACGAGAACAAGGCAUUUGCGUUCAACGCCGAAUCGUGGCCAUUGAUUAUCGACGCCGUGGUACAGCUGAACGAGGUGUUCCGACAGAAAGACGUGCGAUUCCAGGCGAUCUUGAACGACAUCAGGCUGGGCGCAUGCUCCGACGAAGCCGAAUACGCCUUGAAUACGUGCUGGAUGCGCAAUUUGGACGACGGCUCGGGAAUCCUGCCCACCAAGCUGUGUCCCACCAACAAAGGCGCCGACCUGAUCAACUGGGACCACCUCGACCAAAUCAAGGGCUUUCCCAUCGAAUACCCGGGGACCGACCAGCUACCCAGAGAAGAAGAACCCCGCAGGAUACUCGCCAACUGGCUCGAUACUGGCUGCAUGGCCACCGACCACCUCGAGCUCAAGCUCGGCGCGCAGGUGAUGUUGAUCAAGAACCUCUCGUCCGAGCUGGUAAAUGGCUCCCGUGGCGUCGUGGUGGGCUGGGCCGAUCAAGGUUACACUCCCCGACGUCUUAGAAAUAUGAACAAUACGCCGUACUCGCCCUACUCCCAGUAUCUCUACAACUCUGGUCAACAGUUCGAUUGGCUUCGGGAGCACCUCUACAAGCCACUGCCCGUGGUCAAAUUCGUGGGCAGCAAGACGCCGAUCAUCAUCGGACCGAUGCUGUUCAGUGCGAAAUACCGGGAACACGACCGAGAGCACGAGGCCGCCAGGUGCCAGCUUCCGCUCAAGUUGGCCUGGGCCGUCACCAUCCACAAAAGCCAGGCCUACGUCGCGCUCAGCCGCGUGCGCACGCUCGAGGGCCUCUGUCUCGGCUCCCGCUUCCGCAAAGAGCACGUAAUGGUGAGCAAGGCGGUGGUGGAGUUCUACCAGAAGUUCGGCUCGCCGUGUGAGUUUCCAAUCAAAGCGGGCCACGCCGUGCCGCGGGUCGUCGUGGCCGAGUACGACGAGUGGGCGCCGCCUCGGGGCUUGCCGCUCGACAUCAGCCCCGCGGCCAAGGAGCAGGCCGUGCUGGACCUCCGUCCUCCCCUGCCCACCUGGUAUCAGCCCUGA